CGGACAUUUUUGUCGUUCCUUUCCUUUCUCCUUCUCAGAUUUGAGUGAGUGGUGCGGAAUUCCGGUUCCAAAAGAUCAAGGCUGAGAGUUCUCCGACACCGUAGAGAAGCAUCCUAUAAUUUUAAUUUCCGAAAUUGCGAUGGCAGAGAGUGUUGUUAAAUUCUUGUUAGAAAACUUAAGUGCCCUUCUAAAAGAAGAAGCAUCUCUACUAAAAGGAGUACGCAAGGAAGUUAAAGAAAUCGAGACGGAACUUAAUAGAAUGCGAGCCUUGUUGAGGGAUGCUGAUAGAAGAAAGGAUAGCAAUGAAGAAAUGAAAACAUGGGUGGGAGAAGUAAGAGACGCUGCGCAUGAUGUGGAGGAUAUCAUCGACGAGUUCUUGCAUCGCAUGUACAGGCCACGACGAGGUGGAUUCAACGGUUUUCUCAUUGACACUAUCCAUAUCCCCAAGAAUAUCUGCAACAGGCAUCAGCUCGCUAGGCGACUUCAAGAAACCAAGGUUAAUGUUCAGAAUAUUUUUCAGCGAAGACCCAGCCAAAUAGAAGAAGUCACCAGAUCCUCUGAUGUUAGCGAACUGUGGCGACGUGAUGUAGAAACUUCUGUUUUCAAAGCGGACAAUGACAUUGUGGGGAUGAAGAAAGAAAUAGAUUUGAUAGUGGGAUGGUUAGUGGAAGAAGAACAACGGGCCACGGUAAUUUCAGUGACAGGAAUGGGUGGGGUGGGAAAGACCACUCUUGUUGCUGAAGCCUAUAAGAAUCAACAAGUAAAGAAGCUCUUCGACUGCUACGCAUGUGUUUCCGUCUCACAGUCUCUUAGAAUUGAUGAGCUACUACGAAGCAUCAUAAAACAAUUACUUGAGGCUAAGAAAGAUGUUGUUCCAAAUGACUUAGCCACCAAAGAUGCUGGCGAGUUGAGGCGGAUGGUUAGAGGGCUUCUCGAAUCAAAAAAGUACCUCAUUAUCUUGGAUGAUGUCUGGACUAUGAAUGAUUGGAAUAAAUUAAAUGUCAUAUUUUCAAAUUGUGGAUGUGGAAGUAGGUUAGUAGUUACGACGAGAGACUCUGAUGUGGCUACUGCAGCAGGAGAGGGAAGCCGUGUCUGCAAGGUUCGGCUUCUAGAUCAUGAAGAGGCCUGGGUGCUUUUCUGUAAGAAGGCAUUACGGAGUGAACCCUGUCCUUUAGAGCUUGAGCCAUUGGCUCAAUCUAUAGUAGAAAAAUGUGAAGGCUUGCCACUCGCAAUUGUUGCCAUGGGCGGCCUCCUAUCAUUGAGAGACAAGAAUGCAUUGGAAUGGAAUCCAAUCUACAAAAACCUGAGCUGGCAGUUGAGAAAUAAUCAAAUGCUGGAACCAGUAAAGCGCAUCCUGUUGCUUAGCUUCUAUGAUCUACCGUACCGCCUUAAGCACUGUUUCUUGUACUGUUGCAUGUUUCCGGAGGAUUAUUUAAUUGAACACAUGUGGCUGAUUAGGUUAUGGGUGGCAGAGGGUUUUGUGGAGGAGACAGGUAAAAUUACAAUGGAGGAGGUGGCAGAAGACUAUCUGAAGGAACUUGUCCGUCGAAACAUACUUCAGGUUGUUGAGACGAACGAGUUUGGAAGGUCGAAAUCUUGUCGAAUGCAUGAUAUUGUGCGUGAAGUGGCAUUAUUACUAAGUCACGAAGAAAAGUUCUACAUGACAUACGAUGACCUGCAAGCAAGGCAAAAUGGCAAAUUCCGGCGCAUGUCAAUCUACAGUAGUGGCGAAAUUAAUCAUUCGAGCGCAGAUCUAUUGCAGUGUGGCUCUAGUCUGAGUUUUGAGGAGAUUAGCAAAGUGUUGAACAUGGAAAGAGUAAAAUGCGUGACCAAAUGUCAUGACUUUAUCAAGGAUGUAGAGCUGAAGGGUGUGUAGUGACCUCGCCAAGGAUGUGGAGCUAAAGGGUAGCCAUUGUCUUGGGUGAGAGGCUUCAGAGGCUAUUGAUGCCUACUGGGUGUAUUUUUAGCAUGGAAUUUCUUCGACAAGAGUGUUUCUAUGAUAAGUGUGUUUGUCCAUACAUAAACGUAGCCAGAAAUGGGUUUGAUAUAUGGCUAUGGGCAUUGCUUAAUAUGGUUGUUAUUCAGCAUGGCUACGGGUAUUGAUAAACAUGGUUUUUAUUUUUUUAUUUUUUAUU